CCUCGCCUCGGCUACCCCUCGCUGGGCGGUCGUGCGAAGCAGCUCCGCCGGGCAGCCCCGGUCGCUUAGCGGCCGAGGAAGCGCCCGUCCUUUUUCCCUACAGGAUCGCGGAGACCGGAAAACAGAAUCUACAGCUGUCAACGCCGGAGCAACCGCGGCCCAUCAGCGGAGCACAGGCCACCAAAGCCGAAUCCGAACUUGAAUUCUGCGCAGCUGAUUGCAGAGCUGUCUUGAGGCCCUGAGGAGCCGGAUCUGCGACCCCCUGCAGACAGGUUGACUGUAUCCCAGAAGCGAGCUUUCUCACGGAGGGCACCCGCUGCAGAGUCCGGAAAUAAAAUAAAGCUCCUACUGACAUAGGAGAGAGGAAGAGCUCCCUGGCAGCCUGCAGAUUAGGCUUUUCUAAAAAGCCUAAGCCUCCUGUUAUAUCCGGAUACUUUUUCGUUGUCAGUCAUGGCUAGCAUCCUUGCACGUGUGGGUAACAGCCGGCGGCAGAAUGCGCCCUUGCCACCUUGGGCCCAUUCCAUGCUGAGGUCUCUGGGGAGAAGUCUUGGUCCUUUAAUGGCCAACAUGGCAGAGAGAAACAUGAAGUUGUUCUCCGGGAGGGUGGUACCAGCCCAGGGGGAGGAAACCUUUGAAAACUGGCUGAUCCAAGUCAACGGGGUCCUGCCAGAUUGGAAUAUGUCUGAGGAGGAAAAGCUCACGCGCUUGAUGAAAACCCUUAGGGGCCCUGCCCGGGAGGUUAUGCGUCUGCUCCAGGCGGCUAACCCCAACCUAAGUGUGGCAGACUUCCUGCGGGCCAUGAAAUUGGUGUUUGGGGAGUCUGAAAGCAGUGUGACUGCCCAUGGUAAAUUUUUUAACACCCUGCAGGCGCAAGGGGAGAAAGCCUCCCUUUAUGUGAUCCGUUUAGAGGUGCAGCUCCAGAAUGCUAUUCAGGCAGGCAUCAUCCCUGAGAAAGAUGCAAACCAGACUCGCCUGCACCAGCUCCUGUUAGGCGCUGAGUUGAGUAGGGACCUGCGCUUCAGGCUUAAGGAUCUUCUCAGGAUGUAUGCAAAUGAGCAGGAGCGUCUUCCCGGUUUCCUGGAGUUAAUCAGGAUGAUAAGGGAGGAAGAGGAUUGGGAUGACACUUUUAUUAAGCGGAAGCGGCCAAAAAGAUCUGAGUCAAUGGUGGAGAGGGCAGCCAGCCCUGUGGCAUUUCAGGGCUCCCCACCGAUAGGGAUCAGCAGUGCUGACUGCAACGUGAUAGAGAUAGAUGAUACCCUUGAUGACUCAGAUGAGGAUGUGAUCCUGGUGGAGUCUCAGGACCCUCCACUUUCAUCCUCAGGUGCUCCUUCCUUCAGAGGCAUGGGCAGAUCUCUGGAUCAAGUGCUGGUCAUUGAUUCCCCCAACAAUUCUGGGGCUCAGUUUCCUUCCACCAGUGGUGGUUCUGGGCGUAAGAAUGAUGGUCCUGGGGAUAUGCGUAGAGCCAGGAAGCGAAAAUACACAGUUCGCUGUUCAUAUUGUGGCGAGGAGGGCCACUCAAAAGAAACCUGUGACAAUGAGAGCAACACGGCCCAGGUUUUUGAGAAUCUGAUCAUCACCCUGCAGGAGCUGACACAUACAGAGGAGGAGGGGUUAAGAGAGGGCCCUGAUGAAGACCCCUCUGAGCUACAGUAAGGUGCUAGCCCCCAGCCUUAAAUGAACGCUUACCUGUAUUGAGAGUCCAGUGCUGGGAAAGCUGGGGGAAGGGGGCUGCUCAUUGCAUGAAUUAAUCCACAAAGCAGCUUUCUUUUGGGGUGGAGAAGAAAGGGUCUUGGAUACCUGCACAGUGGAGGGAGAUGGCCUGACCUCUGUCCUUGCUUCCUGUCCCUGCUGCCUAAGAGUCUAUUUUCUGUGUGUGCCUAUUUCCUUGAUGACUUUAUUCUCUUUGUGAAUGUGGUAUAAUUCAUUGUUAAAUCUUCAUACAGUAAAGAAAAGUACCAAAAGUAAAGUACAAAUUACUCCAAAUUCUCCACCCUUAUAUAACCAUUGUUAACCUUUUGAUGAUGUCCUCCUAGAUAUUUCCCUACACCUAUGUACCCAGAUAGAUAUAUGUAUAGUUAAAAGUGAUCAAAUGUAAGUGCUGUUCUAGACUCUGUAUUUUUUCACCAAACAAUGUAUGUUGUGGGCUUCUUUCUAUGUCAAUAAAUAUAUAUCAGCAUCUA